AUGGAUCCAAAGGCGGAUGGGGUGUCGGGGAUGCUAGUGAAACUGUGGUUGUCAGAGAUAGAACGGAAGGGCCUCAAGAUCGGUGGAGCUAGUGGUGUGAUCAAGGGGAAGUUGGAGCCGCAAGCGGUGGGUAAGGUGUUGUCGGAGAAACCGGUCCGAGCGAAAGCCCUAGAGCUUUCCCUACUCCGGGUUUGGUGCCCAUUCAAGGGUGUGGAGUGCAGAGAUCUAGGUGAGAACCGCUUCCUCUUCACCUUUCUGCAAGCAUCGGGGAAGAGGUGGGCGCUGGAGGACGGUCCAUGGAUGUUUGGCAAGGAUCUAGUGGUGCGUAUCAUGAAGAUGCCGUUGGGGAUGAUGAACAAGAGGGUCGGGGAGAUGAUAGGAGAUUUAAUUGGGGAGGUGUUGGAUGUGGAUGUUGAUGAUCGGGAGAUGGCGAUCGGCCAGUUUCUUCGGGUGAAGGUGAGAUUGGAUAUCAAGAAACCUCUGAUGAGAGGAGUGACUCUGGACAUGGGGGAGGAUGGGAAGGAGGAUAUGAAGUGGUGUCCUCUUGUCUAUGAGUACCUCCCUGAUUUUUGCUACACGUGUGGUCUUAUCGGCCACACGGAUCGCUUCUGUGAGGUGCAGCUUGAGAAGGAGCAGUGCAGCAGUUUAGUAAGGCUCUGA